AUGUCACACGCCAUGAACGACGAGGAAGUGAUCACAGAGCUCAAAAAGAUGGUGGCAUUCAUCCGCCAAGAGGCUGUAGAAAAAGCGCGAGAAAUCCAGGUCAAGGCUGAUGAGGAAUUUGCCAUCGAAAAGGCCAAGUUUGUUCGUCAAGAGGGCAUGAGCCUUGAUACGCAGUAUGACAAGAAGAAAAAGCAGUUUGAAGUGUCUCAGCGGAUUGCGAAGUCAAACCAAAGCAAUAAGGCUCGUCUUGAAAUUCUCAAGUCCCGCGAAGAGAACCUGCAGAACUUGUUUACAGAGGCUCAGGAGCGCCUGACCAAGGUGAGCGAGAAUGCCAAUUCGUAUAAGGAACUGCUGGCUAAGCUUUUACUUGAGAGUCUUUUAAUUCUUCAUGAAAACAAAGUUCAAGUCAUUACCCGCUCGAAUGAUGUACAGAUUGUGCAGGGUGUGGUGGACGAGGCUCUGAAGAAGUACAAAGACGUGACGGGUCGUGAGUCCAAGGUCGAUGUUAGUGAAGGUCUUCCCAAAGACAGCGCCGGUGGCAUUAUUGUAUCGGCUCGCAACAACACCAUUCGUCUAGACAAUACACUCGAACAACGCCUCAGGCUCCUGGAAGAGAAAAUGCUGCCUGAGAUUCGCCUCAACUUAUUUGGGCCAAACAAGCAGCGCAAGUUCUUUACGUAG